AUGGGGGACAACACGCGCUACGGCAACCCGUCCGAGUUCGACAUCGACCUGCACUCGAUCUACGCCGCGUACCUCGGUGACUUUGACGCGCAGAACAUUGACUGGUGGGAUGCGUCGUGGGGCGGGUACUUUCGCUCGUUCAACGACUUUCUCGGCUUCGGCUGGGAGGCCAUGGCCCGAACUGACGACAGUUUCGGUGAGACGCUCGACCGGGAACCGCCGUCACUGCUCCCCUUGACGCCGGCACCGGCGCGUAAUCGCACGCUGCAUCGUGUUGUCAACAUUCACGACAUUGCGGGCUACAAGAAGCUGUCGACGACCAUGGCUCCCGCCGAGCUGUCCCAUCUCCGCGCGAGGGUGCGCGCCGGAGAGCCUGGUGUGAUCGGCGCGCUCUUCCAUGCUGGCUCACCAGACCCCGACGCGUAUGCCGCCACGGCAGGUGUCCGCACGAAUGGACAGGGGUACACUUGGGCGUGUCUGCGCACUACGUGGUGGGACCGCGGUGGUCCGCCCCAGGGCUACGUCCCCGGACACGGCCGCACCGUCAUGGCCAAACCGGGACAGGGCGGCAAGGCGCUCAUCCUUGAGCUCGGUCUUGCUGCGCUGCGCUGUGCGAACCUGCGCGCUGUCCGUAUGAACACGGAACGGCCCAACUACCCGCGCGCGUUUGGCUUCGGACGCAGUGCAUUCGUGUCGGAGAAGAGUGUCGAGCGCAUUGUGGAUGCGUCGCUCGGAGCGCUCGCGUCGCACGACUCGGAGGGCGGAGCAAACACGCUAGUGCUGCUCAGUGUCGGCGAGCCGCAGCCGAUCCCUCUGCCGGCGACGACGACGUUACAGCAGAACAUCCUUCAGCUGGAUGUGUUGCAGCUCGAGUUUGCGCUCCUUCAGCAGGCGCAGCGACAGGGCGUCCCUGGUGUCGGCGACCGUCGUCAGCCGCUCGGAUCACUGCGCCAACUGCUGCACCACCUGCAGAUCCCCGUUGCGCCGCACGCGCCACUCGGCAAUGCAGGCAACGAGGCGUUCUACACGGUCCUCGCGUUCCAGAAGCUGCUCAUGCGCGACACGCGGCUUCCCGACCAGCUGUUCCAGCAGCCCGCCUUUGCCCAGCCGACCGACUACUUUGUCCCACCUGCGAUGCCGGCGUUUGCGCCAGCGCCUUACUCGCCCUUCAACUCGCCCGGCGCCGGUCUCCCUAUGCCGCCCCCAAUCCGCGACGGCAGCCGGCGCCGCGACCGACGACGAUCGCGGACGAGAUGUCGUCUCCCGGCGGCUCGCGCCAGCCUGGACGCGGCUCGGCAGCCUGGACGCGGCUCGGCGAACGGCAACGGCUCAGCAGCCUCGCCGACGACCGGCAUCCCCCGCUCGCAGACGGUGUACUGGGACGAGGCCAAGUACUCUGAGGGUGGGAAGCGCCCGCCGAGUGCCGCCGCCCGCGCCAACGGCACGAGUUUGAGCGGCUCGCGCGGCCCGAACCCACCUAGCAGUCUGCGGCACUCGGCGCUGUUCCCGGGCAACAUGGCGGGCUCGCGCAGUGUCUCCUUCCACGGCGCCCACGGCAACGGGCCCAACGGCGCACACAGCGGAGGUGCGUCCACGAUCCGGUCCCAGGAGUCGGCCAACGGUUCUGGGAGCUUCUCGCGCACGAACAGCGGCUCCAUGCUCCAGCAGCAUACGCGCGGGUCGUCAGUCUCGGGCAACUCGGGCAGCGGCUCGGCAUCGGCGUCCUCGGGAUCGGGCGCGACGAGCGAGGCAUCUCUGACGAAACCGCAGAACCAGGAGGAGCCUGAUCGAACAAGCAACGAGCGCGCUGUCAGGAAGAUGAAGAGUGAGAAGAGCGUCAAGCAUCUUGCCGGCGCGCUGGCCAAGUUUUGGGUCGACUGA